UGUUCAAAAUAGAAUUCCGUCUCCAAUUUGCAGCAGUGCAGUGGAGCCACCUCACUGAAUGAAUUAAUCAGCUCUAAACUGGUAGACGUGUUGCAACCAUCUUCUGAUUUUGCUGUGGGGCCAUGAAAUAGCGAAUAUAGCCACACAGCGAGAAGAGUGGAAAACAAGCGUCAUGAAAAACAAGGUCUAGGGAAGAGGGAUAAUGACAAAAGUGACACGAGAGAAAUUUGGGGACUUACCUCAUGGAGAAGGGACUGUGGAAAAAUUCCUGCUCAAAUCAGAUGUAGUUGAAGUGGAAAUUAUAUCCCUAGGCUGUAUUAUUACUGCCUUGAAGACUAAAAACAGAGAUGGAAAGUUCUCCGAUGUUGUCCUGGGCUUUGAUCACUUGGAAGGAUACAUCAAGAAACACCCCUAUUUUGGAGCUGUUAUAGGACGAGUCUCAAAUAGAAUUGCUCAAGGGAAAUUUGUGGUGGAAGGAAAGGAGUAUCACUUGGCCAUCAACAAUGGACCCAACAGUUUGCAUGGUGGACUAAAAGGAUUUGACAAGGUUGUCUGGGCCCCUGAAGUGCUGCCAGAUGGUGUACGAUUUUUUAGAGUAAGUCCAGAUGGUGAGGAGGGAUAUCCUGGAGAGCUGAAAGUAUGGGUGACAUAUACUCUCAACAAUGAGGAGCUAACAAUAAAUUACAAAGCUGAAAGCAGUAAGACAACCCCAAUCAGUCUGACAAACCAUGCCUACUUCAAUCUUGCUGGCCAGGGGUCACCCAACAUCUAUGACCAUGAAUUUACCAUAGAGGCAGACUUUUAUCUACCUGUGGAUGAAACUCAGAUCCCUACAGGAGAAGUCGCUUCAGUGCAAGACACAGCCUUUGAUCUCAGAGAUCCUGUGGUGCUUGGAAAUCACUUGGAGAAGUUUCAGCUCAGUGGGUUUGACCACAACUUUUGUCUGAAGCAAGCUAAAGAGCCGCAGUUCUGUGCAAGGGUUUACCAUCCUCCUAGUGGUAGGACAAUAGAGGUAUACACAACUCAGCCUGGGAUUCAAUUUUAUACUGGAAAUUUCUUAGAUGGUUCUCUGAAGGGUAAAGGAGACUGCGUGUAUCCCAAACAUUCUGGUUUCUGCCUUGAAACACAGAACUGGCCAGAUGCAGUGAAUAGGCCUAAUUUUCCAAAUGCUCUACUGCAUCCAGAAGAGGAGUACAGACACACGACUUGCUUCAAAUUCUUUGUAUCAGGAAUGCCUCUGCAGCAGUGUUCCAGAGAUGUGUAAAUGUAGCAAUUAUGAUAACAUAAUCAAAUAUGUAUCAGUAUUAGAACCUGUCAACAUAAUGGAGAGCUAGACCCCAUGUGAUGUUUGCAUUGCAAAGACUAGAAGAAAACAUUACACUGAUGAAAAUAUUGUUCAUAAUUUAAAGGGAAUAUUAUGUCUGUCAGUAUCAAGUUUUAUUAAGGAAAGUUGUUCUAGACAACUAUACUUUGACAAAAUCUUCAUUAUUACAAUCUUUUCCCUGUAAUUUAGGAAACAAGAUUGUGACUAGAAGGGACUGCCAAUUAAAGCAUUUGUUCUUGACACUGAAACAGAAUGUUUAUUUACUCUGUGUCAAUAGUCAAUGAGUCUCAAAUAUAUCCAUAAGCCAAGACAGAUUAAAAGUUUGACAUUAGUAAGAGUUAUCAACCCAUUUUAACAGAUCAACAUAUACUUUCACAGGGGGCUUUUGAGGAUAAAAUAGGGAAGACUGCUGUAUGCUAUUCUUGGUCCCCAUUGGAGAUAAAUGAGGUGGCCAUACAAGGCAUAAGCUGAUGUCUUAGCUUUAGUCUGUGUCUUAACUUAGAUUUAAUGUUAUAUUAACUGCCAAUAUUCAACAGCUUAUAAAGCUCAGUCCUAGACAAGAUGUGUUUAAUAAAGGAAAAUACUUGAAGACAACUUUUGUUAUUGCAUACAGACUAUGUUGUAAUGGCAAGACAGAAAACAUAGCAAAGGUUACCCCUUGUACAGGGCACAGUAGGAAUGAGAUAUACCAUGUUCUAGUUUUAAAAGUAUCUCUUUAAACUACUCUGCAGAAGGAAGUUAUUUUAAUUCUUUGUUCAAUCAUACCCUAAUCACUACCCAAUACCUCUGGGGGGCGGGGGGGUGAGUGAGCUGUGUAGAUUCCACUAAUCUCAUUCUGUGGCUGAAGCUUGAACACACUCUUCAUUACAGGCAGAUGCAUUUAGCAUCAUUACAGAUCUUAAGGAUUCUGAUAAUCAAAAUUAUGUCUGCAGUGACAUAACAUGAGAACAUCCCAGCAAGCCAUUUAAUUAUAGAAGUUCAACCAAACUCAAGACAUUUUAAGCUGUUAUAGAACAAGAUAGACAAGCAGCUUCCUUAACACAGCUGUGCACAUUUUAUCGCCCCAGAAACUCUGGAGCACUAUAUUAAAAAUAUAUCACAGAAGCUUGAUGCAGGCCAGUGGCAGCCACAGUUACUUUAAGCUGACAUCCUUGCACAGUAUUUGCAUACAAUACUAAGAUUUUAACUUGCUUUACAUUUUUUGAAAUAUUAAACAGAAAUAGCAUUACAGCAAAGUUAGAAAUACACAUUUUUAUUUCAGGUGCCAAUAAAAAGACUUUUGAGAUCACAGGAUGUUAUUACAUAACAAGAAAUUGUGCACUAGUCUACAGCAGCAGCUUUUACUACAAGAUCAAGAUCCUUGCUGCGUUAGUCCUAGAAAGGUUUUUGAUCAACUAACCCUUACUUUUUGUCAAUAACACCAAAGAAAUCCCUUAAAAUAACGUAAACAAAACUCUUCCUAACAAUUUCUUCGUAAUUCUAAUCCAUUCUUUCUGCACUCACACUCCUUCGAGGACUUCCUGAUGGUGAACGACUAGAAAUGAAAGAAGAAAUUAAUUGCAGCUUAUCCCAACAUUAAUUAGGAAAACACAUAAAAUUAGUGAAUUAGCAUUAUUAGGAUCAUGCUAUUUACUGCUUAACUAGAGCACCAUUAGUAACUAAGUUUAGCAUUUAAUGUUUAAAUGCUGCUUUAAAAAAGGCAGUUAGGUGAAGUACAUGUUAAAAGCUUUUAAUGUUAAUACUAAAGCAAACUUAAAAAGUUUGCAUGCACCCCCUCUCCCAAAAGAUUAACCAAACUUCUCUAAAUUAGCAUACUUACCCUGAGUUAAUGGAGAAUGGAUAUAAAUGGCUCAUAUCAAAACUGAAAAAGCAAGACUGAAGAUUAAAUCAUGUAAAAGAGAUGUUUUAAUACAUUUAACUUAACAAACUAAAUUCAAAUUUAUUCCACACUAUAAUGUACCAAGUGGCUGCUGCUCAAUGUCUUUAAAAAUAUUUCUGCCAUGAGACAGAAUUUUUCCCAAAAUGUAAUGAAGGCUUCAGUCGUAACUAUAAGUCUUCUCAGUUUAACGUUGAGCCAUUUACAUUUAUUAUCCAUUAAUAUACCCAGGCAAUGGUUUCACUUUGUAUACUACCCCCCACCACCCUGCUCAAGUUCCAUAAACGGGUUAAGUUUGGGGCUUACUUCCAACCCACUGUAACUAUUCACAAUGCUGUGUGGUCACACUUUCUCAGUUCUUUAGACAACAGACAGCAGUUAACAGAUCCCUCCCAACUUGCCAAGUUCCUGUGCAUUAACCCAUCCCAGACAGAUAUUCUACAAGGAUAGGAAUGGAGAGAAUUAAACGCUCCAGCAAAUAUGCUAAAAUCUACACAUUUCAUUUAUCUGGGUAUGUUGCAAUAAAUUGUGGCCUGCAGCAGAGAUUCAACUUACCUUCUCUUUAGAGAUGGAGAUCUUGAUUUGGAGCGGCUGUAAAACAGUAUCAAUUAAAUUACACUAGCACAAAUGCUACCCACCAAUUAUUAUUAACCAUACUUGAACAAUUCCAGAAUGACAUUUUAUACUAAACAAUGGAGUUCAAAUUUAAUGCUGAUAUUGUAGAGUAUACUUUGUUAAUGUAUCGCAUAUUGCAAAUUUUAUUGUUUUGGCAUUGUUGUAAGCUUUCUCAGCCCACUGCACGUGGGUAGAGCAAGGGAUAAAUCAAAUAAUAAAAUAAACAGCCCUAA